UUAAAAUUCCGUUUCGUCGAACCACUUCAUAUAUUUUAUAUGUUUGGCGCGUAAAGUCGCAACGCUAUGAAAACUUCGGGCAGCGUCGGCCUCGCUCGGAUCAGCGCCACUCGUUAACGCCUCAUGCCAGUAGAAACUCGUCACCGGAAUACGUCACGGUCUAGCUUGCCUGUGUGCGUAGCGUUUGUGAAACUCAUACAUAUUUAAAUCGUGAAAAUAGUAUUUGCCACCAACGCGUCAACGUAUAAGGAGAUUGGCGAAUCAAAAAGAAAAACGAAAAUUAAUAUAAGAUCAAUGCCUUUUCCUAAAUCAAGGAGAUCCACGUUCAAUAUUCAAUGGCUUAACGAAGAUCAGUUUUCGCCAUGGCUGAAAGAAUGCAAAAAUGACAAGUUUGCAUUUUAUUGCAUCAUGUGUAAGAAAACCGUGCUGCUGAGCAACAUGAGCCGACAGACUUUAACUAGUCACAUGAAAGGACGUAAACACGAACACACUGCGAGGAGUCAAAAUAAUACUUAUGGAAUCGGAGUAUUUCUAUCACCGAAAACAGUAGACGUCCCAAAAUCUACUACACUUAGACUUGAUGGAAGUUUGAUUGCAAAUGUUGAAAAAAUAGCCGAAGUACAAGAAACUGAGAAGACAGGAACGAUUUCGCAACCAAGCACGUCAACACAACUAGAAUCAACGUCCCUCUCGCACAUACUACCAAAGCAGCGGGGAAUGAAUCGUUUCAUUGAAAAGGAGAAAGUUACGCGAGCAGAGAUAAUCUGGUGUCUUCAGACUGUAUUCUGCCACCUAUCCCUUGCUGCUGCAGGGAAAUGCACAGAAAUUUUCAAACUAAUGUUUGAUGAAAAUGGGACAGCUAAAGCAAUGAUACUGGGCCCCAACAAAAUGGGUUAUACAAUUUUGCACGGCCUUGCCCCGUUCUUUAAAAAUGAGUUACUAAAUGAUAUACCGCAGAACGAGUGCUUUGUCGUAUCGUUUGACGAAAGCUUAAACAAAGUAUGCCAAUUAGAACCGAUGGAUUUUGUUUUACGGUACUGGAGCAAAACCAAAGACGAGACCGUUAGUAGAUAUUUUACUUUCCUAGGUCAUACUACGUCGGCCGAUCUCUUGACUGCUUUUAAAAAGGAAUUGUCCUCACUGAAUAUGAAGGAUCUCCUUCAGGUAUCUAUGGAUGGGCCUAACGUAAACCUCAAGUUUCUACGUGACCUAAACGCGAACUAAAUGAUGGUCCUGAUACUUCAGUUCUUUUAGAUAUUGGAAGCUGUGGACUUCAUAAUGUACAUAAUGCGUUUAAAGCUGCCAUGAAAGCAACGGGUUGGAACAUCGUACAAUUACUACGCGCUAUUUACAAUUUUUUUGCACAUGUACCCGCUCACAGAGCGGAUUACAUUCGAUUCUCCGGGUCCCGGCAAUUUCCUAUGAAAUUUGCGCAGUAAGGUGGCUGCAAAAUGGUGCUGUUGCUAAACGAGCCGGCUAGAUAUUGCAGAAUUUAGAGAAAUACAUUUCUGGAGUUCAAAACGAAAAGAAAGAACCAAAAUCCGAUUGUUACGAGUUGAUGAAAAAGGCCAUGAAGGACAAGUUUAUGAGGGCUAAGCUCGCAUUUUUCCAAACU